AUGUUCAAACUCGCAACAUUUUACUGCCUGUCUCUUCUCCUGCUUACACCGGAGACGUGCAAUGCCAGGGCCCUUGAACCAGGCAUCCGGAGCGUGGCUCCAUCAUGGCACUCCCUGGGCGGCUUGUUCUCUGGCCAUCCCGCCGUCGUGUCAUGGGCACCCGGGCGGACCGACGUCUUCGUCCGGGGUACCGACAAUGCCGUGUACCACAAGUGGCAGACCUCGGGUGCCGGCUCUCCGUGGUCACCCAGCGGGACGGCGCACGAGAGCCUCGGGGGCACCGUCUACGGCGACGUGACGGCCGUGUCCUGGGGCCCGAACCGCAUCGACCUCUUCGCUCUGGGCGUCGAUAACGCGUGCUGGCACCGGUGGUGGGACGGCACUGCCUGGGGCGGGUGGGAGUCACUUUCCGGCGGCAUCAUUGGGGAUAUCAGCGCCACGUCGUGGGGAGCCAACCGACUGGACCUGUUUGUGCGAGGCACGGACAACGCCGUGUACCACAAGGCGUGGGACGGGCGCGCGUGGAGUGGAUGGGAGAACCUGGGCGGGGUCAUUGUGGGGAGUCCACGGGCCGUGUCCUGGGGCGCGGGCCGCCUCGAUAUCUUCGUCAGGGGCACCGACAACGCCGUGUACCACAAGGCCUGGGACGGGACGCAGUGGCUGCCCUCGGCGCGGGGGUGGGAGAACCUGGGCGGCGUGGUCGUGGACGACGUGACGCCCGUGUCUACGGGGACAAACCGGCUUGACCUUUUCGUCCGGGGCACCAACAACGCCGUCUUCCAGAAGAGCUGGAAUGGCGCCGUGUGGAGCGGAUGGGUGAGCCUGGGCGGCGUGGCCUUGUCGCGGCCGUCAGCGGCGGCCGGGGGCGGCAAGAGGAUCACGCUGGCGGUGCAGGGGACCAACAACGCCGUCUAUGUCAACGAGUUUAGCGGCACGGCAUGGGCCGGCUGGCGGUCGAUAGGGGGCGUGGUGACGGAUGCGCCGGUGAUAUCUCCGCGCGGGGGCGGGGCGGGCAUCUUCGCGAGGGGGACGAAUGCCGGACUGUAUUCGUACGAGUAG